AUGGUCGCAAAGAGCGCCGACCCCUCAGCGCUGCCGCCACCAUCGCAGGCUGACAUCUCGGCUCUGCUCAACACGAUAUUCACCGCGCCCACCUCCAACGCCUCGAUUGAUGCCUCCUACGGCCUAUGCGAGAUCCUUCUCAACUCUCCCUCUGUCGGCUUCCGUGGCCUCCAGCAAUAUGGCAUCCUCGCCGAGGUCAAGAAGGCCGCAGCAGACAAGAAGAGCGGCCUGAGACGCGAGAGCGCACAGAAUCUUUUAGGCGCUCUGUUCGAAAGAUUCCCUCCUAAGCAGCCUAUCAGCGAGAUCUACUUUCUUCUCCAAGACGGCGGCAUGUUGGCGUGUGCACUUGACGGUCUCUCCGACAAAGGAACCGUUGUUCGCGACGCCGCCCAGUAUGGGCUCGAUGCCCUCUUCGCCCACCUCAGCCCCGAAGCGCUGGUUGCCGGUCUUCUGCCUGCCCUGACUGCCUAUCUAUCCAAACGAACUGGAAAGUGGCAGGGCACUGUUGGCGCAUACAAGUUGAUGCAGAAGAUGGCCGAUAAGGCCAAGUUGGAGUUUGGAGGCACCAAGGAGGAGGCCCAAGAGAAGGACUUUCUUCGAGAGGCCAUGGGUGCGAAGCUGGCGAGCUUGAUUCCUAUCGUCGAGGGUGGCAUGCACGACCUCAAGUCCGAGGUUGAAAAACAGGCCGUCAAGACAAUGGAGUCGCUCACAACUCUACUUUCCAACGACGAUGUUGCUCCCCGCAUCCCGUUGCUUCUGAAUUCGAUGCACCAUCCUUCCGCCGAGACACUUCAGAAGGCUAUCCACGCCCUCUCUCAGACAACCUUUGUUGCCGUUGUCACAUCCCCUGUCCUUGCGCUCCUCACACCUUUCCUCGAGCGAUCGCUCAACACUCCCUCCACCCCACAGGAGGUGCUCCGCCAGACUGUCGUUAUUACCGAGAACUUGACGAAACUUGUGCACGACCCCAUCGAGGCCAGAACUUUCUUGCCCAAGUUGCAGCCUGGUGUCAAGAGUGUAGUCAAUCGAGCGUCUCUCCCCGAGGUCCGUGAGCUUGCAACCAGAGCGUUGAAUGUCAUGGACAAGGCCAUGGCCACUGACAAGGCUGUUGCCGAGCGCACCACUGCCGAUGAUGUCGCUAAGAUCUUGGAUGGCGAAAUCAAGAACCACAAGGGACUUGCAGGCGACCUAGAGACAUACAAAGUUCUACGCCCGUAUAUCUGUGAGCAAGUGGCAGAAGAUGUCAACCACCGCCACGUCACCAGAAUUUCCGGCAGAAUAACCCCAUACCUCAAGUCCCUCAUGCAACAGCCAGACGCCGAGAAUGUGGUAGCUGCAGCAGUUCAGAAGCACUACGUUGACGAAGAUCACCGCAAGUAUGGCGAGCCUGAAAAGGAGGACGAUGGCGAGAUCGAAAUCGUCAAUGCUGAUUUCUCCCUCGCCUAUGGCGGUAUGUUGUUGCUGUCUCACACCAAUCUGCGGCUCUUGAAAGGUCACCGCUACGGUCUCUGCGGUCGCAAUGGUGCAGGAAAGUCCACUCUGAUGAAGAGCAUUGCUGGAGGCAAAUUGGAAGGUUUCCCGCCUCAGGAUGUGCUCCGCACCUGCUAUGUAGAACACAACCAGGGUGAGGAUGCAGAUAUCAGCAUCUUGGAGUUUGUUGCAAAGGACCCAGAGAUCGCAAAGGAGGGUAGGGAGCGCAUCUCCGAGGUCUUGUCCGAGUUCGGCUUCACAGCUGGACCCGAAGGCAGACAAUCCCAACCGGUGGGCUCUCUUUCGGGAGGUUGGAAGAUGAAGCUGGCGCUUGCUCGAGCUAUGUUGCAAAAGGCCGAUGUUCUACUUCUGGACGAACCUACUAACCAUCUUGAUGUUGCAAAUAUCAAGUGGCUUGAGAAUUACCUCAAGACGCACCCUGACAUUACCAGCUUGAUCGUGUCUCACGACUCCGGCUUCCUGGAUGAAGUCACAACCGACAUCUACCACUACGAACCUGGCAAAAAGCUCGGACACUUCAAGGGCAAUCUUGCUGCCUUCGUCAACGUCCGCCCGGAGGCCAAGAGCUACUACACGCUGUCCGCUAGCAACGUCCAGUUCAAGUUCCCGCCUCCCGGUAUCCUGUCUGGUGUGAAGUCUCAAACUCGAGCCAUCAUUCGCAUGACAAACGUCACCUACCAAUAUCCCAAGGCGCCUAAGCCGUCACUUUCAGACGUCUCCUGUCAACUUACUCUUUCAUCACGUGUUGCCAUUAUUGGACCCAAUGGUGCUGGCAAAUCUACUCUCAUCAAGCUGCUCACCGGCGAGACGAUCCCAAGUCAGGGCAAGGUCGAGAAGCAUCCCAAUCUGCGUAUCGGUUACAUCAAGCAACACGCACUUGAGCACGUGGAGAUGCAUCUCGAGAAGACCCCAAACCAGUACUUGCAAUGGAGAUAUCAACACGGUGACGACCGUGAGGUGUUCCUGAAGCAGACUCGCAUUCUGUCUGACAAGGAUAGGGAACAGAUGGAGGUGACUAUUGAUAUCGGUGAUGGCAAGGGCCCCAAACAGAUUGAGGCUCUUGUGGGACGACAAAAAUACAAGAAGACGUUCCAGUACGAAGUUAAAUGGAAGGGCUGGCUGCCCAAGUUCAACACCAUGAUUUCAAGAGAAACUCUUCUUGACCGGGGUUUCGAUAAGCUAAUCCAGGAAUUCGAUGAUCACGAGUCGUCCCGUGAAGGUCUUGGUUAUCGUGAGCUCCAGCCCUCGGUAAUCUCUAAGCAUUUUGAGGAUCUUGGCCUAGAUCCUGAGAUUGCCAACCACAAUGAAAUCGGCAGCUUGUCCGGUGGUCAGAAGGUCAAGGUCGUCAUUGCCGGUGCGAUGUGGAACAACCCGCAUUUGCUUGUGCUUGACGAGCCGACUAACUUCUUGGACCGCGACUCUCUCGGCGGUCUGGCUGUUGCCAUCCGCGAGUUCAAGGGUGGUGUAGUCAUGAUUUCGCAUAACGAAGAGUUCGUCGGUGCGCUGGCGUCCGAGCAGUGGCACGUCAACGACGGCCGAGUCACGCAUCGCGGCACCGCUGCCAUCGCGCUCGACCGUUUCGAGGACUCGCGUCCUGGCUCUGGCCUAACUACACCUGGCGUCGCCAGCCCUGCUGCUAGCAGUGUUGUCUCCAGCGCUGUCAACAGUGGCGUCGAGGACAACUCGGAAAUGAAGUUCCGGGCCAAGAAGAAGAAGAAGAUGACCAAGAAGGAACUCAAAGAGCGCGAGGUCAGGAGACGGCUACGCCACAUCGAAUGGCUCAACAGCCCCAAGGGCACGCCGAAGCCGGCCGACACGGAUGAUGAGGAUAACUAG